CAAAAGUUUUGCUUGAAUCAUGUAUGAUAGGCAGUUGAUUUUCCAUUAGUAGUAGGGUGCUUAUAUAGCACAGAUCUUAAUAGCUUUUUUCAUGGCAAGACACUCUUAUUUUCUUAGGAAAAUAUCAAAAUUAUGUGUCCCACAAGGGUAAUGCUCUUCAAGACUAGAAUCUGCCCUAAGGUUCUGACAUUUUAGGUGGCUCCCUGCCACCAAGGACUGAGGGUUCAAUUCCUUAGCACACCAUAACCUCUUCCUGGUUUGAGAAAGUCAUAUAAGCAUUAUGAAAUUGAUAUGGAGGCAGGGAAUAUUUGAAUUUCAGGUAGCUAGAAGCAAGUUAGAUCAAAAUAAUGAAUGAAGAAUUGAAAAAAAAAUGAGAAGAUGGUUGAUUAUCAGAUUUGAAAACACUGGAUCAAUUUAUCAGGGGGCGGGAAAUAGAGCACAUCCAACAGUCUUUGUUAUGUUUAAUCUUCACUACUUCAGAAAAAAAACAAGCGUUAUAAACUUAUUUCCAAGAUCACUUGAAGUUUCAAUUUUAUUUAGAUUUUUUUAUGUUUAUUUUUGUUUCACAGUGUUGACUAACAAAUUAUUAGUUUUAAUGAGAGUGAGCCACUGUGAUUGAAGACACUACAGGCUGAUUGAAACAAAAAUUUGCUACUGAAACUUAUAAAACUACAUAAGUAUGAAAGAACGUUAAGUUAGAGUAAAGCAAAAGCUUUCUGUAGAUAAGAUAGAUUUAAGGAUGUAAGUGACCCAAGAGUGUAAAUGUCUUGGUACAAGCAAAAAUUCCAGGCAGUGUAUGUCAGAUUUUCAAGGCAGUGGAAUUGGUGGGGUGUAAGUCAAGGGAUCCAAACAGUAAAAAGGGACUCAUGUAAAACAUCUUGGUUACACAUGAAACAAACAGGAAUGCUCCCUGAGAUAAUGAAGGCAUGAUAUGAGGAAAGAGUCGAGUGGGAAAUGGAACAACAGACCUGAGCAGAGGGAUCUGCUGGCUGGUGGGCAGGUGGAGGAGGGGCACAACCUCCUCAAGUCUUCUCUCCCACCCUCAGAAUCCUUUCCCUUUGUGACUCUUCAAUGGUGUGUGAUGCAAGCCUGGAGAUACAGAGAAGCCCAGGCACCCUCAGAACUCAUUUGCCUUAGGCAACCGAGCAAUUCAGAGGAUGAAGAAUGUUUUCUCUUUGCUGAAUAGCCAUACUGAACCAUGGUUGAUCUUGGUUCAAUUCUUUGGGAUAUUGAUCCCAAAAGUACCAUUUUGAGUGGGUUGGUGUUGCUUUUUCUAUACCUGUCCUUUCAGGUAUUGAAACGAUUUUCACCAACACUCGAGAAAAAUAAAGCCAUCCAGAAGAAGGUAAGGAAGCAGAGUGAACUCCCAAGGGAGUUUCUUGAUUUUGUCAAAUGUGAAAUGUUUUGUGAAAUGUCAAAUGUGAUAUGUUAUUUCCAUUCUCGCAUUACUAAAUGUUUGCUUGGCUCAAAGAAGAUGUGACUUGGGAAGUCUGAGGACAAGAUAGAACUUCACUCUUUAGGGAAAGAAGUCAGAGGUUCAGGAAGGACUAAGGUUUCCAUCUGAAGCUCACAAACUAUCUUUUGGGGUGUGAUGGAGGGUUCCAGAUUGGUUUGGAUAGAGAGUGUGGCUUCUCUGAAGGGGACGGGUUUCUUCUGACUAGAUUCUGAGUCUCAUUCCCAUGUCAGAUGUGCUUCACCCAGCCUUCAUAUUGGGCUGAUCAGAACAGCAGUGCUGACCUCGGAGUACAGUCUGUAGCCUGAGCUCUGCCCCAGGACACAGGGUUCCCUGGGGGAGCCCAGACGUGACUGUUGGCCUCAGAUUCUAUGCCCUCCUUCCGCAGAGGGUUUAAGACCAUCAAAUGUGGAAUCUCACAGACAAAAAUGUCCUUUGAAAUUAUCAAAGAAGUAAAAAAUUGAAAAUAUUUCAUUGCCCUUCAAGAUUAAUAAAAGGAAGGAAUACAAUUUCUACUAAUUAAAAAUGAAGAGUUGUCCAAUUCUUGCCUAAUGAAUGUCUAAGCUUGUUAACAAAAGGAGUAAAAGAAAUGAGCCCCAGCCCCUCAUUCUUUUCUUUUUGUUUUCAGCGUCAGGGAACAAAGAGAAGGAGAAAUGGAGUAUCUAAAGGUAAGGUUCUGCCUGUUCAACCUGAGCUCUAUAAGGGUGAACUUUCCUAUCUCCCUACAGCUCCAUGAUCUUGGAGGAUGUCAGUUUCUAGGUGCAGUCUCUCUCAGGAAACAGGGUCUCAGAGGAGAGGCUCAGGAGAAGGCAGUGAGACCUGAGAGAUUCCUCAGAGUCCCUGCCCUGCCCACCCUUCCUUGGGUGUGAAUGAAGUAGUGAUGGACCUGGGCCUUGGACAUUUACUGCCAAGUAGGGGCCCUGUGAGAUGUCCAAAGACCCCUGAUUGUCUUGGAGUCAGAAUUUCUGUCUGGUGACAUGGUGUAAACUACUUUAAUUCUUGGCUGAUUAGAUUCAUCCUGAGUUAGCGACUGAUCCUUGUGCUUCAGGUGGUGGUUUUGAGCAGCAUGUAGGAUGGUACAGGUGAAAGUACUUUCUAAAUGGAACCACAUAUACCUGUGAACCUUCUUACUAUUAUCCCUGACACUUAUGACCUUAUCUGCAGAUUUUUAGGGCUUUCUGACUUUAAUAUCCUGUUUCCUGUAAAAACUCCUGAAUGAUAACCUGUGUUUUCACCUUUACUAUAUAUAACCAACUGUCCUGGUUUUCCAGGUCGGAGAACUUGCCGGAGAGAAGUAGAGGAGUGGAGGAAGCUGCUUUCUAGUCUGAAAAGGUGAUUAGUCAUUUCCCUUUACUGAUUCCUUUCCUAGCAUGCUUUAUUCAGUCCCCCAGGCAUUCUUCGAAACAUGCCCUAAUCACAGGAGGGAUAGCCAUAGCCAUGGGUACGUGAAUAAAGAACUUGGGAGGGGAGGGUAUUGUGAGGUCAUAGAUGUGUGGAAUGUAGAGCAGGUAGCGGGCUCCCCACCACCCAUAGAACUGCAGAUCUUGCUUCCCUUGUACUGGUUCUGGUUACAGCUUUGGCUUUCUUUCUCUUACAGUCCCAUGAGCCAGAAUAAUGAUUUCCUCCACUUUCUGCAACUGUUAUGUAAAUGCCCGCUCUGUGGGGUGUAUAACAGAACAGGAGCUAAGGUCAGUCAACUGAUCUGUAAGGCGUUCUUGGAAAAUGCUCUUAAUUCUGUGUCCCGUGUGUCUUCCGUGACGUCUGUGAGAGAGUCAUCAGUUUUUUGGUCCGCUGUUGUCUCUGCAAUCCCUCUGGGAGCUUCAGUUUCAACUCCUUUAACUGAGCCAACUCUAUUUCCUUCCUCUAUUCGUUCACCUGACCAAAUUACCCCUUUAAUGGACCUACCUGGACCCUCAUUACUGGGUGACUCUCUGCCACCAGAGCCUUCUCCCUUGAGUUCAAAAUUGCCAGUGGAUCAUAUCCCACCUCAACCAUCUGUUCCAACUCCUCCCCCACCUGUUCCAACCCUUCCCCCACCAACUGACAGUCAAGAAGCAAAACCUGUUCUCCAACCAGAAGCCCCUUUGUCUCUGGUGGAUAGCCCUGAUGGGUUGUCUACUAAUGUCCCAACAACCACAUGCACUGACAGUGCAAGCCUUCCAGUGUCAGAGUUCUCUGGAAACCAGUCUCAUGCUGAAAACUUGUCUCCAUCUAAAUUGGAGCACUCUGAUGAUGACAAAAACCUCCUCGACCUCCAUCCUCCUGAGGCCUCUUUUGAGAGUGAUACUACAGCCAUCCUUGUAGAGCACGGAAACCUCUCAUUUCUAUGCCCUGAUGUCUUGGCCCUUCUGGAGAGACAUAUAAAAAAGAAGGGUGGUUUCCUGAUGCAGAACAAAAAGAAAAAGGAAAAAAAAUCUUUUCCAAAAGAACUUAAGCCAGACGACCAAUUGAAUUCUUCAGGGAAAAGGUUAGAGUCAGUUGCUGAGCAACAGGACUCACCUGUCUCCCUUCCUUUACAGAGCAGUGAAGGCAAAUCAGAGGGAUUGCAGGUAGACCACCAGUCCUCAGAUCCUAAGACCUUUGAGGAUAACUUACCUAAAAAAUGUACCCAAUUCUUCUAUGGUCUCCCAUCUUUGCAUAGUGAGUCCUUGAAAUCUAUAGUUCCCGUCUCAGGUGACUGUUCAACCUAUGUCUGCUUCAAUUCAAUGCCCACUUUCUUUGAAGCCCCUGAAUCUCUAGUUCUACCCCCUCCCCCAACUCUGUCCUUGCCUGAGAUCCAAUCUCAACCCUUGACCCAAGCACUGUGCCAAUCUCCUGUCCCACCCCAGGACCAGCUUCAAUUCUCGGUCCCUACCUUGUCACCACCCAUUUCAUCUCAGGUUAGUGAUGGUGGAGUGAGGAUUCAUAGAUUCCAGGAUGAGGUACACUCUCUCAUGCCAUCCAAAAUUCAUGACUUGGAAUAUAAUGUAUUAGAGAAAGGACAGGAAAGUUUGUGGGGUUUACCCUCUGUGGUUCAAAAAUCCAAGGAAGAGUUUUGUCCUGCAGCUCCCAGUGUUUUAUCUGAUUGUCGGUCCUCCAAGGCUUAUGCUCCAACAACCAUCAUUCCGGGAGAUUUUCCCCUCAAAAAAGAGCUUCGGAAGAAGCUAGAGCACCACCUUCGGAAAAGGCUUAUUCAACACCAGUGGGGUCUGCCCUGCAGAGUCCUUGAGUGUCUGUCAAGGAUGAGUCCUGAAACAGAAAUUUCCGAAAUAUCUGAGUCAAAGUCCACUUACGGACUUUCAUGGAUCUCUUUGUUUAAGGGUCAAAGUAGCAAAGAUUUACAAUUGAGCCAUCCCAGAAGUUUCCAUGAGAAGAGCUCAGAAUUACUUCCACUAGAGGAGAGAAUGAAGAAAGUAAAUAGUCUAGAGAUUGGCACAAAAGAUGAUCCAUUGAGUGACUCAGAGGGGGCUCCAGAUAAUGAUCUGGACUCUGACUUUAAGACAAACCUAAAAAACGAAUUGAAUAGUCUUUUUGGAAAAAAAUCAAAGAUCUCAGAGGAGAGCUCAGUUCAGAAACAACUGACAGAAGCCCUAGAAAUACAUUUGAGCAAGAAAUUUGAGGAAAUCCAUGUGUGUCAGAUGCCUGGCACCGUGAAUAGAUCAUUGCAUUCUAUGGAGCCAGUAUUGAUUAGUCCUGAGAAAUCCCUUAGCCAAACGAAACACAGAGAUUUGGUACCACUGGUGUGUAAGGACAAGGGCCUCAAUACCUCCCAGGAUAUAUCCUUCCUUGGUUCCAACAAACAAAAGAUCUUGGAAGACCAUAUUAAACUGUUCCAUAAGAGGAUGAUGUGUGGGCUUCCUCAAAAGGUCCAGGAAUCCAUAGACAUCUUCAAAAUGAAAGGAACCCCAUCCUGGUCCUCAGUUCGCUCCAACAUUUCCUCCUCAUCCAGUCUUACUUCUGGCAAGUAUUCCAAAAUUGGGGUCUCCAAGCCCCUUAAAGAAAGCAUUAGUACUUUUCACGUAAAUAAGGUGGGAACAAUAAUUUCAGGCCCUACUCUAGAUCAUCCUCUUUCUGCCACUUCACCUGUGAGCAAGGAAAAUAAGAGGGCCCUAACACAUUCACCCUCUCACACCAACCCUGAGCUUACAGAGAAUGUCAAGGCAAUUGAGGGUGACAGACGGGCUUCGUUGCCCUUCCCACACAGUGACAAAGAUAAAGACAGUCAGAAACAGACUGUAAUAGCCAAUAAAUGCAGCCCAAAGUUGCCCACAAAGCAGGCUGGGGCCAGACCCAAAUCAUGGAAUAAGGGAGUGAGUCCCAGCAAUAGUAUAGAAAAUAUCCAGAGAAAAAUGAUUAAGAAUUUAAAAUAUUUUCCCAUGUCUAACAAGUCCAGGGAGAUAUUCAAGGCAAAGGAGCUCUGUGCUAUUCGAUCACAGUCUACGAACAGCCUGACGACCACAGAGUCAGAAAGCUCCUCAGUGACAGAUAUGAAUAUGAGUAAAGUUGAAUCAACUCUAACCAUUGAAGGGCCCCCAGAAGGAAUAUCAGUUCUCAAAGAUUCCGAAUCAUUAGAUCUUAAAAAUCAGUUGCUUAAUGAGUUGAAGAUGAAAAUCGAGAGCAGGGAGCGGGGCCUGGUUCCAGCCUUUUCUACUGAGUUGUCUCUGGCCUUAGAUAAGUUGACUUCCAAGACCCUGGCUUCCAAGACCUUAGCUUCCAAAACCUUGACUUGCAAGACCUUGACUUCCUUCACUCAUUUUCAUAGUGCCUCUAGUGGGGACAUGGCAGCUCCCCAGGUGCUACAAGCCCAAUGUGACAACAGAGGGAUCAACAUAGAGCAGGGGCAAGAACACUGGAUCCCUACACAUGUCUUAUGCAAGUGUCAGGACAAGAAUGUACCCUUAGCAUCAAAAAGGGUGUGCCCUCUGGUACCCCAAACAGGCAAGUUUUGUGGAGGGGAUACAGGGUUGGUGACACGCCAACCUAGAGGGAAGCUCCCCCACCCUCAAGACAGAACACUAAAGGAGGCACUUGGGAGCAAGUCCUCCUCAGCCCCAUCACUGAAGGGACAGCCUUCUAAAAGCCAGUUCAAACACUUUUUUCAAAGGCUUUAUCUUGGUAUAAAAGGCAAAGGGCAAGAAGGUUCUCUGGAAAAGGGCAGCUCUUCAUCAUCUGUGCAAGGCAGAAACCCAGCUAAGAAGAGAGCUGCCUUUACUGGGAAUACUGAAGCUCAGAAAAUCAUGACAGACAUUGGGAUCCUAGAGGAGAAACUAGCAGGUCGGCAUGGAGUAGAGGCCACCGCCCCACAAAAGCCUCUUUCCACCCCCAUGAGGCCUGGGAAAAUUCAGCACAAGACUGGAUUGCCGAUUCAGGCAGAACCCAUCCAGAAACAUGACUUCAAUGUCAAUACUCCCUGUGCUAAGGUGCCAAGUGCCAAAUCUUGCAGCCACGAAGUUGGCUUUGCUGGUCAGUGGUAUCGUAUAGGGAAUAAUAAAUGGGUCAUGGACAGGGGCAGACAGCCCCAGAAAAGUGUACCGUACAGGACAAGAUAAUAUGUCAGAAGCAUCACCCAUCCAUGCCGCACAAGGAACCCUUGCCCCAUCUGAAUACUACAUGCAAAUAUAGAGUUGGUCAGGUGGCUCCAGCUGCUGCUCCUUUUGCUAAAGGCACUGUGUUGGGAGAGUUGUCCCUAUUGUUCAAACAGAAAAUGCUUCUCCAGAAUUUUCAGAAAGAAAAUUUUCUUCCCCCCAAAUAAUUUAUCCCUUUUUGAGAAUACUGAUUUUCCCCAAUAAAUUUUCUAACAAUA